UCCCUCAUUCACUAACGGGGAGACGCAGGGAGAGCGAGGAGAAAUUGAAAGAAAUUGGGAGGAGGGACGAAGAGGAGGACAAACAGACAAGAGAGUUGUGACGGAUUGUACGUGUCUGCCGGAGGAGAAAGGAUUUACCGAGGAGGAUCUUUACGCAGUGGUGGAUGCUGUUUGUUGGUCGGGAGUUUGGGAAUACCUCACCCCUUUGGCGGACUGUAGCUGGAAACGGAUGCGGCUCUCAGACCAUGAGAGAGGCGCUUACCAUGAAAUUCGCCUGGAAAGCUAAGAUGAGCUCGGUGCAGGAUUGGGGAGAGGAAGUGGAGGAGGGGGCCAUAUACAACGUCACGCUGAAGAGAGUGCAGAUCCAACAGGCCGCCAACAAGGGAGCAAGAUGGCUGGGGGCGGAGGGGGACCGGCUGCCCCCCGGCCACACGGUGAGCCAGCUGGAGACGUGUAAGAUCCGGAGCAUCCGGGCCGGGACGCUGGAGCGUCUGGUGGAGACGCUGCUGACGGCGUUCGGCGACAACGACCUGACCUACAGCAGCAUCUUCCUGUCCACCUACCGUGCCUUCGCCCGCCCGGCGGCCGUGCUGCAGCUGCUGCUGGACAGGUAUGGGUGUAUGGAGGACGGCGAGGAAGAAAACGGACACUUCAAGUCGUCGGAGAACAGGGGAGAGGUCCGGAAUGCCCUGGCCUCCAUCUUGCGGACCUGGCUGGAUCAGUGCCCCGAGGACUUCCAGGAGCCCCCGGCCUACCCCAGCCUGCGCAGGGUGCUGGAGUUCCUGCAGAGGGCGCUGCCCGUCUCGGAGCUCCUCCGCAGGGCCCACAGCCUCCUGGAGCAGCUGCAGAACCAGGCCGCGCUGGACCCGGACUGCGAAGCCGGUUCCCACGGCAGCGUCUCCUUCUGCAUCGGGGAGGAAGAGGAAGUGGAGAUGGAGGUGCAGGAGGCCUUCCUGUCCUUCGAGGCCGACCUGGUGGCCGAGCAGCUCACCUACAUGGACGCGCUGCUGUUUAAGAAGGUGGUGCCCCACCACUGCCUGGGCUCCAUCUGGUCUCAGAGAGAUAAGAAGCACAACAAGCGCUGUGCGCCCACCAUCCGCGCCACCAUCACGCAGUUCAACGCCGUGGCGGCCUGCGUGGUCAGCACCGUGCUCCGCCAACGCCAGCUCCGGCCUCACCUGCGCGCGCGCGUCAUCCAGCACUGGAUCGACGUGGCUCAGGAGUGUCGGAUUCGCAAGAACUUCUCCUCGCUGCGCGCCAUCGUCUCCGCACUGCAGUCCAACCCGCUGUACCGCCUGAAGAGAGCCUGGGCCUCCGUGCACAAGGACAGUAUGCAGAUGUUCGAGGAGCUGUCUGAUAUCUUCUCCGAUCACAACAACUACCUGACCAGCCGGGAGCUUCUAAUGAGGGAAGGCACCUCUAAAUUCGCCAGCUUGGAGAACUGUGUGAAGGAGCAUCAGAAACGCACUCAGAGAAGGCUUCAGCUGCAGAAGGAGAUGGGUGCCAUGCAGGGCACGAUACCGUACCUGGGCACGUUCUUAACGGACCUGACCAUGCUGGAUACAGCCCUGCCUGACCUAGUGGAGGGUGGCCUGAUCAACUUUGAGAAGCGACGCAGGGAGUUUGAGGUGAUCGCCCAGAUCAAGCUGCUCCAGUCCGCCUGUAACAGCUACUGCCUGACCUCCGACCCCGCCUUCCUCCGCUGGUUCCACAGCCAACCACAGCACAGCGAGGAGGAGAGCUACGCUCUGUCCUGUGAGAUCGAAGGAGUGGGGGACAGCAGCCCCACCUCCCCCAAACCCCGCAAGAGCAUGGUGAAGAGACUGAGCCUGCUGUUCCUGGGAGCUGAAGCCACAUCUGCCAGCUCUCCGGUGCGAGAGAGCCCACGGUCGCCCCCUACUGGCAGUUCGGGGGAGAGCAUGGACUCUGUCAGCGUGUCGUCCAGCGACUCCGGCCCCUCGGACAACGAGGGUCUGACGCCCACGCACACCCCCGACAUCGCCGAAAAGAAGCUUUCGGACUCCUCCUCCUGCUCCUCCCUGCACUCCAUGGACACCUCCUCGUCCUCGGCCAGCGCCGCCCUGACCCCCGCCUCGCCCCCGCUCCCCGGACCCCCGCUCCCCGGACCCCCGCCCUCGCACCGCCGUUCGGCCUCCCUCACCCCCGUCUCGCCCACGUCCCCCACGCUGCCCCCCGCCUACAACACGCAGGUCCAGGACGCCUGCAUCAUCCGCGUCAGCCUGGAGCAGGGCAACGGGAACCUCUACAAGAGCAUCGUGCUGACGAGUCAAGACAAGACCCCGGCGGUCAUCUCCAGAGCCAUGACCAAGCACAACCUGGAGGAGCAGCCAGCCGAGGCCUACGAGCUGGUCCAGGUCAUCUCCGAGGAGAGAGAGCUGGUGAUCCCGGACAACGCCAACGUCUUCUACGCCAUGAACACCUCGGCGAACUUCGACUUCCUGCUGCGGGCGCGCGGCUCCUCCGGGCGUCCGGUGCAGCUCCGCAGCCGAUGCAGCUCCACGCUCCCGCGCGCCCAGCAACGAGGCAGCCUGUCGCUGCGGCUCAGCAAGGUCACGCUCUGACCCCCGACCCCCGACCCCCGACCCCCGACGCAGGGCCGCGCCGCAGAGACCUGAGCUUUAGGGGGAGCCGGAGGGGCGGGGACGGAGACGGACUGAAGGACUGGAAGAGCCGCACUCCUCCGUCCCCUCCGCGAUUCUCCCCCCCUCCCCCCCCCCGUUCUGCGGCCGCCGCUGUUCCGCGUCCCGUCUGCGACGACCUCUGACCUGCGGCGGUCUCCGUGGGGAAACGCCCGCCGGGAGACUUUGCGCACGCGCGCGCUCAAAAAGGAGAUGGAUGAAUUCGCCGCUGUCCUCCAUAGUUUUUUUUGUUUUUGUUGUUGUUGUUUGUUCUGUUUUAAUCAGCGCUAUCUUUCUCAUCUUCGGCACUCCUGCUCGGUUCCCAUCAGGAAGGGGAUAAGGGGCGGACGGGAAGUGGAGGACUGGAUCCUGUCGCCUUUCUCUUGUGAUGAUGAAUGGACUCUUGCGUCAGUAUUUCUGUGGGGGUGUUGCAGGAGCUGUGAUGUCACUGUGCCCCCCCCCCCCCCCCCCCCUUUGUGUGCACUAUGUGGACAGUAAGGAUUAAGCUUCUCAUGUUAUUGUGAGCUGAGUGAUGAACGCGGUAUCUGCGUUCUGAUUGGUUCCUACUUGGUUUUAACAAGUCUGUGAUGUUAUUCUCGUUCUUCCCGUUGCUCGGUCGCCUUUCGGUUUGGGAUCCGGUUGCACAAAAUGGGAGUUUCUGAUUGGAAGCCUGACUUAACCCCUCGGUGAUUGGCCAAUAGAGUUGAACUUGUUUAUGGGUGGGCCGUAUUUGAGGACUUGCACUGGGUGUUGGUACAUUCUGCUCCCCCCCCCCCCCCACACACACACACACACACACUGACUCGAGGUCAGUUCCCACCUUUUCCCACGUAGCGAUUGGACAUAGGACUAGAGUAGCACAAGCUGACCCUGCAUCAGUUGGUGGGGGCGGUUGUAGAUUGUACCGGGCUGUGCACUGAGGAAUGGGAGGUCAUGACAUUUCUUUGUCUUUUGUAUGUGUGUUUGUUUUUUAAAAUGACACAGGACAGAAAAAAAACAUUAGAAAAAUGUAUAAAAAUAUGAAUGUAUAGAAGUCGGUUAGAAUAGCAGAAUGUUUGUUCUUUUUUUUUUUAUUAUUAUUUUUUUCCAUAACUGGACCUGGGACUGGUUGCAGUUCCUGUAUAUAAAAUGGAGGAUUGUGAAGUUGCGGAUAUUCUGCCGCUUUGAGUGUGGAUUUGUGUCAGGAAGGACACGUCUCAUGGUGCACAGUGCAUACACAUCACAUUAAUGAUUUGUGGAUGUGUGUGCACCCGGAUAAGACACACACACACACACACACACUGCUAUGGUCCUGGCGGUGAUGAUGCGCUAGCGCUAAUGCUAACCCACAUGUGUCCGCAAUGACUGUUCUCACGCUGUUCGUACUUCAGGUCCAAGCGUUCCCUCACACAGACUCACUCCUUCACUCUCGACUCUCUCUGCCUUGCAUAGGGCGCGUCCCGAUACUCCUCCAAAAUAUAUCCUCCUUUCUUCCACUCAUCCCCCCCACCCCAUAGUUCCGGAUAGGAGACGUGGCAGGAAAGGAGGAUUCAUUUUUAUUAGUAAUAGGACGCAACCCACGCUCGACUCACUCUCGCACAAACUUGUUGCUGUACACCCAACGCUGACCCCUAGUGUCGAGGAGGCCAAAGAGCGGACCUGGAGCGGAAAGGAUGACACGGGGAUCACUUUCUCUUCCAAAACGCAGCACUUGUGACCUUCUCCCUGAACGACUGUCACGUCUCAGCUUUUAAAUACUUCUUCUUCACUGCCAAAGAAUUCUCUACAUGCAAAAGUAAUAAAUUAUUAUCAUUA